UCUCUCGUGGUUGUUGGUACUGUGUGUACGAGUGUUAUUUCUCCUUGUGGCCUCGGCAUGCCACGGACUCCUCGACGGGUAGCGUGUGUUGUCGGCAGUAAAAGAGUCGCGGUGACUUCGAACGCCUCGGAGUAAAAGUAGGAUUUUGCUUUCUACGUGUGUUUAACUUCGUAACGAAACGAAGCAAAAGUGACGAAUAUGUUGUGCUUCUGGACCGUUUAAGAUGUUUAUCAGGCUCGUGUACGAGCGCGAGUUUGCUUAUACUUUCCAUCGAAAUAUCGUGCACCUGUGUUUUUUAUACCGUCAUAUAAAAUAUCUUGUGUUUUAGCGAUACGAAAGAGAAGAAAGUGCGUAGGCGUGUUCGCGAAGAUCGUGACAAAAUGCGCGAGUGAGGCGAGCGGAGAAAGAAUAAGAAGAAGGAAAGCGAGCGCUGUUCGCGAAAGGAGAAGCAGAACGAUCGGCCCGUAUGUUCGAAACAACAGGCGAUUCGAGCCACGAUAUUUGGCUUUGAGCAGGAGAAGGGACACAAGGAGAGAGCGAGAGAUCGGAACAUGAAGAUCGGAAGAAAGUGCAACACGCGAUGUUACAUCGCUGGCGCACAUUUUGUCAUCGCCGCUAUUUUGCUUUUUUCCAUUUUCGUACAAACGAAGCAGCAACAGCAAAGAGAUACCAAAUCACAAUGGGACAAUCGACUUUUACCGACCAAUUCCGUGUACGAGAAGAACCAAGAGUUCGGUCAAGCUCCAGGAAACGUUGCGCCGUCGGUGAGCUCGUUAAACGAGAACAACGUAGUGGAGAAUUCGAAGGGAGUAGAAAAUUCAUCCUCGUACGAGAUAGACAAUAACGAGGAAUUUUACGACGAUGAUUACGAGCUCGAGGACACGGGAGUGAACCAAGAAGAGGAUAAACGGGCCUCCCAGCCCUUGGGAAUCUCCUCGGAUUCGGUAAAUCACGAGAAUAAGGUGGAAACGAGAGAAUUGAGCGCCGAAAACUCGACAGAUUCGCUCGUCAAUCACGAGGACGAUGCUUAUUAUUAUUAUGACGAUUAUGAGAACGCUACGAAUCCUCAAAACGAGGCCGCAGAACACGACAUAGCGGAUUACUUCGAUUCUUCCGAGGAUGCGGCAGUUUCGAGGAGACCGGAUGAGACUCGACGACCGUUAGAGCUGGAGUCGUCGAAAGAAACUUCGGGAUUGAGAAACUCGUCGAUCGAAGAAUCGUCGGAGAUGAUCGGUACUUCUUCGUUGAAUACUUCGUCAAGCGGAGAAAAAAUAAUGGAAUCUCACGACGACGAGAUUGCACACGAGGCGCCAAUGAAACUUCCGGAUAACAGAGUCGAGGAUGAAAAAUCGAUGGGGCUUCGGGACGAGCAGAUUUUAAUAGGCGAGGCCGUUGUAUCGGUCGUGACAACGAAAAGCGUGGUGAACGGUACGAUUUCUGUUCCGGUGAGCUCCCAGCCAAUCACUACGGAGCAAAUAACUUCGCCGAUGAUUCCGAGCUCGACGCCAGAUCCGGGAAUGAUCGGCAACGGAGACACGAGUGAAACGACCGAAGACUCGAGGAUCGUAGCUUCGGUUCAAACGAGUCGCAGUAUAUCAGGCGCACGCUUCCUCCCGUUCCUCGUCGUCCAAGCGAUCGACAAAAAUUCGGAUAACAAAAACAGCGACGACGCUUCGAGUCUGAGCUCACACGAACAUACCGAGAGUAUCGAUGAGCUCGGAAAGGACGAUAAAAAUGAGGAAAAACCGGCAAGUCAAUUGUCAACGACGACGAAAAAAUCCUCAGUUCCGUCGGAGUCGACGGAAAGCAUUAUUGAUAAACUCGAUCGCGUUCAAUCAGAAUUAUCGAGUGGUUUUCUCGCCAACGGUUUUCGCACUUCCGGGAACACUCUUCAGCUCGACGCCCUCAGCGAACAACGACCCGUACAAACGAGAAAAACUUACACGACCACCUCGAAAACACCGGUCAUUAGUAAAUUCGUACCGAGACGAUACAAUCAGGAUAAGAAAAGCACGGUCGCUGCCACGACCCCUGCCAAAAUAACGGAAGCAUCGGUCAACGAAGAGAACGAUUCGAGUACGGAAAAAGUCAAAUUUCGAUGGCCAUCUUCCUCGAGAAACUCGCGACCUACGUCCACCGAAAGCAACUCCUUCAAUAAUAAUAACAGUCAUAAAAAUAACAAUAUUCGUGCUUUUGGCUCCAACGCAGCGGCGAAAACUACAAUUCGCACUCCCAUUGCCGCGAGUCAAGAUAUCAGCGCAUUUUUACCGCCGGGUUAUAAAUUGAAAAAAGAGGAUGCCCAGGUCACUGAAAAAUCGAUACUCGGGGAAAUUCUGGCCAAAUCAAAAUUCGAUAUUUCUUCACUUCUCCCGGCAAAUUACAAUCCCAGCCAAGUUGAAGAUGCUCGAGAGAACGGUGGAGAAACGAAAAACAAUAAUGAGAAAAAAAAUGUAGAGAAAAAUGUGCCAGAACCAACUGAUGAAUCAAAAUCUUCAGUUUCUACGGGUAACAAUAGUGAUGCCAAGAAAAACGAGGGCGAUACGAGACCAGCUAGCAAUUCGGAAAAGUCAUCGAAACCGGAGAAAACCUUGCAAGAUUUGUUCUCCAAAGCGAGCUUCGAUAUCUCAGCUCUCCUACCACCGGAUUAUAACAAAUUCAAAAAUCGUGAUUCCAUUGAAAAAUCUACGACCACUCAGUCCGAAAGUACGAAAGAAAUUGCCACGUUGCCCGUGAGCCACGCAACCACAGUGAAAAGCCCAGCCGGUAUUAAACUCGUCUUUCCUAGUCGACCCGGUGGCAGAAAAGCCUUACCCAAAGUUUCGACGAGCACUCACAGGGCCGAAGGGUCCGGACCGGUUAGCCCAAAAAUCCAAAAGGGAUGGCCGACUAGAGCUACAACAGAAUUUACGGGUUGGCCAACUCCUUCGACGACACCGAUAUCAAUAGAAAAGCUUUUGGAAGCAGCAAGAACAGCAACCGUAUCGUCGAUUAACGUUUCGAUGGUGACUAUGACUCAAUCAACAUCGACAACCUCAACGACAACGACGACCACGACGACGACGCAACGUCCAACAACGCCAGGAAUUUGUGAGGAGGAAUGCGAAGUCGCUGGAACUAUCAGAAUCGUUGGAAACGCAACUUGGGUCCCUGAAUUACUCGAUCGAAACACAAAAGAGUGGCAACUACUUGCUGAAGAGAUUGAAAAAGAAAUGAAUCUCGUUUUUUCAAAAUCGUCAGUGCUGAGAAAAUGGUAUAAGCACGUAAGAAUCGAUGCUUUCAGUCCCGGGAGUAUUCUCGUGGAUUAUUUCAUUGAGCUGACCGAUCUAAGUCAACGCAUAAAUACUCAAGAACUCAAAGUAAUCUUUCACGAUUCACUGAGAACUUACAACAGUGACGUCUGGAACGAAACUCUUGCGAAAGGUCCGAUAAGACUUGGGAAAUUUGCAUUAGACCCCAAAUCAACAGACUUCGUUGUUAUUCCAAAAGUCACUUACCCUCAACAAAUUCAGGAUGAUGAUAGGCUCAUUCCACAAUGGGCUAUAGCCGUCAUUGUUAUAGGUGUUGGAGGAUUGCUUUUCAUUAUCGUUUUUGGUGUUUCCGUCCUCGUUAAUCGUCAGAAUGCAGCGAAACUGAAGAAGCCAAGCCCAGUUGUUUAUACCGAGGAAGUUGCGAAAAAUAUAAUACAAGCAAGUCAUGCAGCUCCUUCGCAUAGAUCUACGCAAGAUUACCCGAAAUCUGAAAUAUCGACCAUAUGGAAUGAUACGGAUCUUUGGAGAGACAAAUCUUUUGAGUCCAACUCGAAUGAGGUUCUCGUAGAUGGUACGCUUGACCGCGAAAGAAACGUUGACAGACGACGCGGGGAACGAAAAUACAACAUGUACGAUAGCUGGCGUUCUGAAUGGAACGGCUAUUACUACAAUCCUUCACAGAGUAGCAAAUUUGCAGGCUACGAAAGUACGACGAAUCUGUCGCGACAUCCACCCGAUUACGAUACGAAUUUUUGAAUAAGUUAAUGCGAAUAAAAAAAGCUUUUUUGUUUAAAA